CGAGCCAGACGAGCUACUCGUCUGUUUUUAGUCGAGCUCGGCUUCUGGAAUAUGAAAACAAACGAGACGAGCGCUCGUCUGCUCGUCUCGUUUUCUGGAAUAGGGCCCAUAUUUCAUACGAAUCAAGCCAAACGUCAAACCCACAAGAAGUGAAAAUUUUUUCGCAGCGAUUUUGCGGUGAUUUGCAAAAAUGGAAAAAAACAAAAACAAAACGACCACUAAAAAGCGGUUUGAGCGGAUGGUGCUGCUUCUCGAGCAAGAGCCAGACAUAGCCAAAGGCUUCUCCCGAGGAAAUUCCGGACCCUUCUGGGAUAAUCUGGCAGCAAAAGUCAAUAGUUUGGGACCGCCUAUUCGCGAUGGAACUGGAUGGGAAAAGGUUUGGGCGGACUAUAAGUCCGGAUUAAAGCGAAAACUCGCUCACAACAAUUUGUCCGAGCUGGAGGAGCAGGCAGUUCAAUUAACUGGGUUACUUGCGACCGUGGUAGGAAUCCCGGGUACCUCAUCUCAUGGAACACAGUCGGGUGCACCUCAAGCGGCAGACCAGGAAAAUUUUAUCUAUUAUGGUACUUCCGAUGAGUGUGACGGUAUCAAUAAUACCAUUCACUUCCAGCCCUCUCAGCCCAAAAGAUCCAGGCCUUCUACCGUGAGGCUUUUAGAGUUGCAAGUCGAGCAACAAAAAAAAAAUUUCACACCAAUCUGGAAUCCCUGUUAAAUAACUUAAACAAGAAUUUGAGUGAUCUGGUACAUUAUCAGCUCCAAUCAGCCCGAGCGGUUCUUUCCGUGGAUGCUACACUCAAAGAACAUCUGAGUGAACAAAAACGGCAUAAUCACUAGAUGGAGAAGAUCGCGCUGGAGAAAUCAAUAGUCAAGCGACAAAUCCUUGAAACGCAGAUUGCGUAUAUUUCAGAAUUAACCGUUGCUAUUGCGGGAUCCAUACUGUUAAAAUCGUAAAAACUAAACACGACUUUCAGGAGUGUAACAAAAAUAAUUUAUUUAACGACUUCACAGUUCGAGGUUCUUUUUUGCUAUAUUAAUUGAAAAUAAA